AAGUGUGGGUGUACUGCGCAAACGUGAGCGCAGACAUGACGCAGUACAACACAGAAGCCGUGCGCGCGGGCUCAGCUCAGUCAACAGGCAGCAGUUGGAGGUUAUAGGCGCCCGUGAGCCGGCAUACAAAACGACACAAACAUAGUCUGCAUACGAUUAUUCAUAACAAUGACACAUAUCUUCCACUUAUAAUAGUGUGGUACCUAUUGAAUUAUCGGUGACAUUUCAGAAACUGCAAAACAUCGAAGAUAUGUCCAGGCAAGCGUGUGGGUUCAGUGUACUUAUCUGGCAAUUCAUUUGAGUCAUCCUUUAAAAGCUCAGCUAUUUAAAAGAGAAAGUAAGUGUAAUGGAAGCUAUGGUAAGUCUUAACCCUAAGUGUGUGACUGAUCUUGAGUCUGAUGUUGAUGAAGAUAUUGAGCGACUGAAGAGCAGAUGGACUUCAAAAGAGGAUGAAAGUCUUGCGUCCCUCGUGGGGAGGUUUGGAAGGGAUGAGUGGGAACUGAUUGCAGGCUACCUACCUGGGCGCUCCGCACAGGACUGUAAAUACAGAUUCACAGUUGUCUUAGACCCAGAGCUCAUUAAAGGAACCUGGACCAAAGAAGAAGAUGAAAAGCUCAUUCAGCUGGUGUCUUUGUAUGGUGACAAGAAGUGGAGCACAAUUGCAAAGCACCUAAAAGGUCGAAGGGGCAAACAGUGCAGAGAGCGGUGGCAUAAUCACCUUGACCCUUCUGUGAUUAAGACACCCUGGACAAAAGAGGAGGAUCUUCUAAUCAUAAAAUACCAUUGUGUUCUGGGAUCUCGUUGGGCACAAAUUGCAAAGUUUCUCCCUGGAAGGACUGAUAAUUCCAUAAAGAACCAUUGGUAUUCAACCCUUAAGCGUAAAAUGGACAAGGGCACCUAUAAGAUGGAAGAUGUUGAUUUGAGUGAUCUUGGAAUCUACCUGACACAAAAAGAAACAUCUGCUUCCACAAGUCAUGAAAAGUCAAAAAGUACAGUGGAGCCAUUGCCCAAGGUGAAAGAGAUGAAGAGGACAGCUUUAGAAAAAAACCUGAAGGCCAACAGUCCACCCCUCUAUCCAUGUUCAGCUUCACCCUCUAUCUCCAGAAGUCCCUUCAUUGUUGAGUCGCAACAUAAAGCAUUUAUAGAUGAUGUUUUGCAAAUGAUUGCCGAGGACAUGCUACCGCUAAACUUUACUGAAGGUUCUGGGUUUCGUAAGUUCAUGACUUCAGUGGGUCCUCAAUACCCACAUCUCUCACAGCACAUGAUAGCUUCACAACUAUAUAAUGCUGUGGAGAAAACCAUCAAGCCACAGCUGAUCCAACAGCUCAGGAGCUGUGUAUCUUUGAUUGGAGGCCAUAAUGUUGUUCACAUCACUGCUGAUAUUUGGGCUAGUGAACAUAUAGAGCCACUUCUUGCCGUUCAGAUGCACUUUCUUGAUGAAGACUGGAACGUUCACAGGCCGACUGUGGCUUUUCGCCAUUUGCAGUGUAAUCAGUUUACAACAAAGAUUGGAGCAGAAAUCGAAUCAGUUCUUCUAAGCUAUGGGCUUUUCCCCCAUAACAUUGGUUACAGUAUCAUCCAUGAGGCCAAGAACACUAUUGCUACGCAUGAUAUUUUCUGUGACUACAAGAUCAUGUAUUCUGCACAGAAGAAUGAUCCAGAUGAAGAUGAAUUAUUGAGUUUUCUUGAUGAUCAGGUCACCAUAGAUGAUUUCUCUAUAGCUGAAAUUUCAUCCAGCAAACAUCUGGAUUGUAUUACUACCCUACUGCAUUGCGUAAUUAAGGAGGCACUGAAGAAGUCCAGAGUUGUUGAGGGUAUACUAUUUGAGGUACAAAGUGUGGUGUCUUUUUUUCGCCGCAGCACCUACUGGCUUGAGGUUCUUGCAAAGAAAUGCAAGCUCUCACUAUCUGGUACUUACAGCACAAGCAGCUAUACCUGGAACUCCACAAUCACCAUCAUCCGUGAAAUAAUGCAAGAAUCAGUAUGGGACUUGGUGAUGACCCUUCUGAAUCAAGCCCGCACAGAGGCAAAAAGCUGCCACAUUUGUCCACCAGUGGUUCAUGUGACACGUGAUCAAGUAGUGGACUUUGUUGGCUUACUGGAGCCUUUUGAAGAGGUGGUCCAGGUACUUCAGGAAGACGGUAUCACCUUGUCCCUCAUCAUUCCAACUAUCAUUGGACUUGAUAAAACACUUGAGACCAAGGCCACAAAGUUUAGCUUUUUCUGCUCAGUCCUCCGUUCUGGUCUCCGUUCUUACUUCCAACCUAUUAUUUUGCGAAGAGAUUUGAUACUAGCCACAGUUCUGGACCCACGAAUCAAGCUUCAACCCUUUGACAAUGGAAAAGAGAAAUUCAAGAGUAGCACACUGUUUACACCUUCCAAAUACCGUGCCUCUAAAGUUGUAGAAUCAGCAUUGAGUGAAACUGCAACAGAAAUGAGAGGUGAUAAACCAGAACAUGUUGAUAUGCAGUCCACUGAGCUGAAUCAGUAUUUAUCAGAGCUCUUGUCUGAGGAAGAUGUUUCCGUUCAAACCUUCUGGAAAGAAGCUACACGCUUCCCUUGCCUACAAAGCAUUUGCCACAAAUUGUUGGCUGUCCCAGCAUCUUCAGGGGGAUUUAAAAGACUAUUUCCUUUAGCAUCCUGUAUUGUACAGGCCCGAAGAAGCAGGCUACCGCAGCACACGACAGAACGACUUCUGCUGUACCGAGAGUAUCUGAAGAAGGAUAGCAAAAAUGCAAUGGAAUAAAUACUGAGAUUUUUGCCUUAAAGGAACUGGGAAAGAUAUGCAGAUAUAAUGUGUAUGUACUUUUUUUUUUUUUUUUUAUUUUUUAAUUGAGUAACUUUUCAUGAACAUGUCAUGGACAAUAAACCUGAAACCUGAAUAAUCUUGAAACUACA